AUGGACGCGAAUAAGCUGAACAACUCCAUUCUUAAAGAGGGAUUUUUGGUGAAGAGGGGUCACGUAGUUCACAACUGGAAGGUCCGAUGGUUCGUCCUACAAGCAGAUAAGAUGCUUUAUUACCGAUUUGAAGGGGGGAAACGAGACUGUCAUCGCGGGACUAUACCUUUAACCGGCUGUGAGAUUACCUGUCCUUACCUGGAAUACGACACCAGACCGCUGGUCUUCAGACUGAAGACCAACACUUCAGAGGAGUACUUCCUGGAGGCGUGUUCAAGGGAAGAGCGUGACGACUGGGCUGCAGAGAUUGGUGCAGCACUACAGAAGCUCCCUAGCGGCUCCAAGACUCUUCCUGUGCCCUCGUGCAAAGGCUCAAAAUCACUGCAGCUUCAUGACAUCAACCUUAGUCAGGUGAUAGACUCCAUGCAUGACGUCCACAGUGGUAUUAAACUGAGCAGUCAUGUAGAACAGUGUAGCACCUACAUCAACUGCUUUUCAGGGUCGACGGUGGUGGACUGGUUGGUGUUCAUGCAGCUGGCUCUAACGCGGGUGGAGGCUGUGACGCUGGCCUCCACCCUGCUGGACGAGGGCUGCCUGAGGGCCAUCGGGGUCAGGAGUGUGGACGCUGGGCGUAAUGCCACCCUGAGCGAGCAGUUCCUCGACGAUUCCACUGCACUUUACAGCUUUGCUGAGGGCUUUAAGAAACGGGGGAGUGUGAGGUCGGAGAAGUCUACGUCUGCUGUGGAACUGAGUGGAAAGGUGCAGAAGCGAGGCUACCUGCUCAAACAGGGACACAAGGUUAAGAACUGGAAGGUGCGUCUGUUCGUGCUGAGGGAAGAGCCUGGCUUUUUGCACUACUAUGACCCUAGCAAGGAUGACCUCACUCCGGCAGGCGGGUUCUCUUUACGUGGCUGUCUGGUUUCUUCCCUGGAUGAUAAUGGUGUUCCGUCAGGUGUGAAGGGUAACGUCCAGGGGAACCUGUUUAAGAUCAUCACACAGAAAGAUAAACGUUACUUCAUUCAGGCCCCCACAAGACGGGAGAAGAUGGACUGGAUCGAAGCCAUUAAAAGGCAGACCUAA